UGAGUUCUAUGAACGUUGAAGACGGCCGCACAGCCGUAGAAGAUGGCCAGCCGACGUGGGCGCCCAUGUAGGAAGAAGCUGCGGCGUGGCAGAGAGGGAUUUAGGCAGGGCCAUCCAUACUUCUCGCGAAAAACCUGCAAAACACCAACAGAAAAAUAUGAGAGACUGCAACGAAAACUUUUCAAUAUGGCACAAGAUCCUUUUAUAUGCCCAACCCCAGGUAGAUUAAGACCGACAGAAGACAGCCCCGGCCUCCUGGAAAGUAUGGCACACAGAAAGGUAUACACACACAACAUACAAGAAGCACGUGAUUUUCAUGUCCCAUCUUUGAUGGACCUUUUCAACAACUUCAUUAAGGAACACACUACAAAACACCCAGACUGCACACACCCCACAGUUACAAUGCCACCGACGUUCGAGAAAAAAUUUGGAACCGGUUAUAAGGAAGUGUUGCGCUGCAGCACCUGUGGUUACCACACAGAGAGUCACAAACUAUAUCAGGAGGCCGAAAUUCAAGGGGGUGCUACCAGAGGACCGAAACCAACGCGAAAAGCAGUUCAGCUUUCGAUGGUACUUUCAAAGUUGCCCGUUGGUAUUACGGGAGCGACCACGCUUCUGAGUGCCACAGAAACGGGCACUCAGAGCGGUAGCAAACUACAGAAAAUCACAAACAAUCUAACAGACGUGGUCGUGGGUGAAAUGAAAGAUUCGCUGGCCGACAACAGAGCGACGCUUAGGAAAGUGUGUGCAAUACAGGGGGAGGAUGUGAAAGACGGCGAGCCGGUGUUAGCCACGGCCGCGGUUGACGGCGCCUAUAACAAUCCGUCUUAUCAUACACACAGCCAGAACUCAACACAGGUUACGGUACCCGUAAUAGAGAAAAAAACAAAGGGAGACAUGUUGAUAGGUUUUGGUUUUGCAAGUAAAUUGUGCACGUGCAGGCGGGAUGGCAAAGACAGGCAGACCCACGGUCCGUCCUGUAAGGCGAACUUCCCUCCCGCUGAUCCGAUAGGGAAAGCGGAGGAAGUUUUGGCAGGGCGGGCCGUGGAAGGCAUGCAAGAAAAAAAACCAGUUCUAUUAGACAAAGACCUUACUGAUAAUGACUCGCACAUAACGAAGGGGGUUAGACACACAACCAAAAAUAUCUCACCAACGCUACAAGUCGAAAAGCUCGACUGUGAGGUCCACGUUUCUAGAGGCCAGAGAAGAAAAAUGUUUCGAAUAUCAACAGUUUUGAGUGACCAAAUAGUGUCAGGCAUUACUGGUUAUUCAGCGAAAGUGGCCCAAACAAAAAGAACCUGGUUCGCUACCGCCCUUGGGAGAGCUGUCUCCAAACGCUGCAGCACCGAGCUGCGCCGGGCACGUGAAAAGUACCCACAAAACGACGACCUUUUCAAACUUUCAGUACAACAAGCCAAAGACAACAUAGUUAACUGUUUUUCCGGGAACCACACAAAUUGUCAUUCAACUUCAUUCAUGUGCCGAGCCGGUCCAGACCACAAACCCGCGUAUUUACCACGGCGCGAACACAUCGUGCCCACCGAGAACGACAUAAAAUACCUCCAAGCAGUAAUAGAUUACAAACUGUCGGAAGAUAUGGUCCAUAAACAAAGAUACGUCAUGUCAACAAAUGCAGUAGAAGCCACACACCGCCGUACACAACAAUCUUUGCCAAAAAAACAACACAUUUAGAUCCGCCGGGCAUAUGCAUGCCAGCAGCGCCGCACAUUCGUGUGCAGUCGGUGGGCUGGGGGAGUCCCUAUGCCGUCUAAACCUAGCCGCCGGUGCAGGCUUUACGCCUGGCGGCA